AAGUAAACACUCCGUUGCGGUUAAUCGUGUCGAGUGGUACGGGCAAUCGUUACGCGCUGGAAUAUUUUUAUCAGAGGAUUCUUGGAAGACAAUGUGAUCAGAUAAGAUACAUACAGUUUCCAGAAAUUUUGUGGCAAAUUUGAUAUGUUAGUUGCGCAAUGUUCGGCGCGUAAUUAAAUAUAAUCGAGUAUCGAAGCAAGGAAAACAAACUGAAGAUUAUUGCAACUUUUAUUUCGGCGAGCUUAUUACAUAAUUAGCGAAGCCAAUGCAUGCAGUAUUAUUAGAACGUUGUAAAUAUAAAGCGGACAACUCGAUUCAAAUAACUCUUGAAUGAAUUAUAAAUACCUCUUAGUAGUCGUUAUAUUAUACCAAUGAACAAUGUUGCCUAAGCAGCGCGAGGAUAUUUCUGAAAUAUGAAUACAAAUUGUUUGGAAUUAGGCCAAUAAUGAUGCAAGAAAUCACGAUGAUCUUAAAUGCGUCGCUCCACUUGGCACAUCGGAUCGGGUCGAAACAAAAAUGGUUUAGAAAUUCCGACUAUUAGAAUUACAAAACUAGCCGUGACAGGAAUGCGAGAAUUUCUUCCCGAUUUCAUUUUCUACGCGGAGAAAGGACCGCGAUAUCGACAGUUUCAAAAAUCAUUUUUAUUCAAGACAGAAUCAAACGAUCGACACCUGACUAAUGGUCGCAAACGUCGUUGGAGAUUAAUCGAUAAAGAUGACAGAAAUUUUAAUGAGGCGAUACAUCAUUAACCCCUUUCAUUCUCUAUAAUUCAAUGACCAAGGCGAUAUGAAAUGAACAUAAAAGCUAAUAUUUGUGUACAUUGAUUAAAUUUAUUCUGUACGAAAAAAGUUAGCGCUAUCUCGUUAUUUCGAUAGGGUGGAUAAGCAAUAAGAGUAUCACAACGCAAUUAUUCUUUGGAUCAAGUCACGUAGGCAGUCAGAAACUGUUCCAAAAUGACCGUAACACGUGCAAGUCGAACGAAAUAAUUGCUCCAAAUGUCUUCGAGUCAAGGAGAUUUACCCAAUCCGAUUAGUUUUUACACGAAAUGUCAUCGAAAUGACAAAUCGAGGCCAUUAACCAUCAAAAUCGUUGUUACAUAACGUGGAUUCGUCCAAAUGUCAUGUACAGGCUAUCAUUAAAAUUUGAUAUGCCAGUCCAGUUUGCACGCUUCUCACGCGAUAAGAAAAUUCACGAAGCAACCGUGAAAAGCUUUCUUUAACUAUCGAUUCGUCUUUCCGCGUUUCUCUUUUUCUCCGUUGAAAUCGAUCGUGAUCGAACCGAUAGAAGAUUUACUUCUAGAAAAUCCCAUAACCGAUCGUGUAAACGAUUACGCAAAUGGAUCCAUAGAUUUCUAGCGAUAAAAUCUCAGCAAUUCCGACAGUGAUGCUCUUUCUGAAUGUUAACGCUGAAUGUAAUGCGAAUAUGUUACAAAAUCGAAACAUGUGUGUGUAUGUUACAUCCAUAUAUUUCUGCAUUCUUAGAUGAUUACGUCUUCCCCUAGAUCCUCAGUAUUCUGGAUUCUUAGAUCACUGUAUUCCUGUGCAAUUAGGUCCAUAGAGCUGUAGAUACUUGGGUACUUAAGUCCCUAGAUCCCUACAUAGCUACAUAGCCAGAUCCGAUUUUAAGAUACUCAGAUUUUUACGUACUUAAGCACCCAGGUCCCUGGAUCUUCAAAUCUUGACCCUUAAAUUCCCAGAUACAUAGAUAUAUUUAAUUAUCGAGGUAGAUGACCCUUAAAUUCCCAGAUACAUAGAUAUAUUUAAUUAUCGAGGUAGAUAUCUAGACACAUGGAUCCACAUAUUUGUAAUUUUCAUGAACUUUAUUGCUGCAUGAACUGCUAGAUCGAUCCGAGCCACCUCGGGGUUAAAAAUUAUUAAGGGAAUCAAUCAUCGGUUGAUUGGAAAGAUAUUCGAGGAUACUAAAGGCAAGGAAAGUUAGAGGAAAAUCGAUUUUUCAAUCGUUUCGUAACAUCUGAGGAGAAAUCCGAUCGUUUCUUAGAAAACACCCGUUAGGAUUUCAAUCAGAGUGAUGCGUCGAUGUACGGCCGCCUUUCUAGGCAAACAUCGCCAAUUACUGACAGAGUAGGUGUACUUGGCAAGUCAGAUGAGUACACGGGGAUGCACGUAGGUGCACGUAAGCGCAUUUUACCGUAGAACACCGAGGUGAGUGUGCAUGCACCUUUCACUAGCGGAAGUGAACAACUGAGACAAACGCGUGAGAGCGACCCGGAUCGUUGUUGCUUGGCUCUUCUCUUAUGGGCGGUGUUGCUUGCUAUCAAAGAUCGACCUACGGUGCAUCGUGUUCCGAUGCGAUCGAUCACCGACGAUCUAGCUGUGUAAUCAUCGCUAAUUAUCGAUCCUUUGCUGGCCUGCGCCUUGUUUACGUUCGGAUGCUUGAAUUUCUUCGAACCUCGUAGACGUUCACAAGGAAAUUAACGUUUGAUUCCUGUGAUCGAACGAGUUCGAGGAUUAUAGGAAUCUACAAUGACCGGUUUAAUGAAUCUAUCGUUACAGAAUGAAACAUGCGGUAGUACUGUGAAUUUAUGUAACCCUUGCUUCUGAUGGACAGCGAUAAUUGUGGAGGAUCAAUGAAAAGGGAAAUAAUACCUUGGAAGCAGAAGAAUAAAUAUCUUUAAAUCUAUCGCUUCAGCUCUUUUACGAAGUUACUAGCUCAAACACGAUUAUCAACUUAAUUGAGAAAUAUAAUUAAAAAUUUAUCGCGUAUUACAUGAUAUUCUUUAUCUACCUGUUAUUUUGCACGGUGUAGACAAAUAAACGAGUCUGAUAACCGACGAUAGCAACAACCAUGAAAAAUCGCCUCUGAUAUCUUGCAGUCGCGUAACCGUGAAAACUAACCGGAAGUAAUUACCAAGCGAUAAAUCAUGCACAUAACGCGUUUACGUUAGACGUAAUAAACCCAGUCUGCACACGUCGCAUUUCGCGCUGCAUCGCUGCUCAACAACGGUACGCGGUUAAUGAAUAUUAACAAGCAUUUUGUUGGACGUUAACACUGAAUGGAACACGUACUCGUUCACAAACGAGAUGUCCUUCCACGAACACCUUGUGAACUCUGUUUACGUAUAAAUUCGUUCAAAACAACCCAUUUAUUUAUUUUCCAAUUUUGGCUUAAUGGGUUAUAGUGAGAAUUAAGCAUGAAAAUUAAGCGUGGUCUAUUAAACUCCUACACUCAAUUUGACUAUUAUGUUCUCAGGGAAAUAUUAGAAAAUUGCUUUAGGUCUCCUCCUACGUCUUUUUAAAUUUUUGAAGUAAAAUUUUCCAUGACCAGCACGUACUCGGCACGUGAUUACCCAGGUAAUGUUUAAGUCUUCGGUAAAGUUUCUGACUGUUAAACUUCCAGCUUUCUAUCUGCCAAAAUCAGCAAAGUAAUUAAUCUAGGAUGAUGACAAAUGUUCCUAAGCUCACCGAGUCAAACUAGAAGAUUUAGCAUUAACGGUAGAGCUAUUGGAGACUCGAGCAGUUACAGUCGUCCUUUCCCCUUCCUGGAUAUCCCAAUUAUCUCGGAUUGAUUAACUAACGGAUUCUGCGAAUCCGUUUCCGUGAACCAGACAAUUUUCGAUAGUUCGCACGGAACUCCAGGGUCGAGGCUGUGUUCUCAGAGCAUCUAUCGUUCUUUACAGGAAGAAGGAAGUGCGCGAAUCGAUCUUGGAAUAAACGAGCCCGAGUAACGGUGCCUGGAUGAGCGUGCCGGUGAAACUCGACCGUAGUUUAAGCGACCUCUGCAAAGGUCGCUUAGCGUUGCUUCUUCGAAGAAAGCGAUUCGAUGGAGAACGAAGCGAAGUCAUCCAAGAAAUUACAUCGGUUCAGUGUUUGAUAGUCGGCCUGGCAGGGUCCGCCCUGGCCGAUGCACCAAUUUCUUCCGGAUACAACUACGCCAGGCCAAGCGGAGGAGGCAGCAGUUAUUCCUUCGGCGGAGGAGGUGGUGGUGGUUACUCAGGAGGUGGAGGUGGAGGUGGAUACACCGCCGUGUCCACUGGUUACCAAACUAGCGAGGGUGCCUCCGUCGACGGAGCUCUUCUCGAACAAAUCCGUCAGAUCCUGCUGAAGGAAGAACUUCAGGCCCAACAGACCGGUGGAUUCGGAGGUGGUGGUUACGCUCCUAGUUCGAGCUACGGUGCCCCAUCCAGCCAGUACGGUGUACCAAGCUCCAGCUAUGGUGUACCGAGUUACCAGACCCGCGUGGUAGGCAUCGAUCUCGAAGGAAUCAGGCAAGCCAUCCAAGUCGCACAGUUCAACCAAGUGAGCCAGGGGCCUGGUGGCUACCCAAGUUCAUCCUACGGGGCACCAAGUUCAUCCUACGGGGCACCGAGCAGACCCAGCAGUAGCUACGGUGCGCCGUGUCGCAUUCUAUCGUACCAAAAUCAUUUCGUCGCCGCGGUCGGAUCCGUGAUGGAUCCACAACAAGUGAUAAUAAUUAAACAGAGCCAAGAAACUAGCUGCGCAAAAGAUGGAUCUCAAAGAGAUUCGACGAUACUAUUCACAAGACUUUCGAGCUACGGUGCCCCAUCCAGCCAGUACGGUGUACCAAGCUCCAGCUAUGGUGUACCGAGUUACCAGACCCGCGUGGUAGGCAUCGAUCUCGAAGGAAUCAGGCAAGCCAUCCAAGUCGCACAGUUCAACCAAGUGAGCCAGGGGCCUGGUGGCUACCCAAGUUCAUCCUACGGGGCACCAAGUUCAUCCUACGGGGCACCGAGCAGACCCAGCAGUAGCUACGGUGCGCCGUUCUAAACGGUCAUCGAACUUCAACGGAUUGGAUGAUGGGAGAGCGAGAGAGGGAGAGAAAGAGAGAGAGCGAGUGAGGACACCGGUCGACCAAAACGAUGAUCUUUCGAGCUGAAAUUUUUAACGAACAAAUCGUGAUUGCGCUUGACCCGGGGAAACCGGGAUGAAUAACAGGAGAUCAAAGAACUAGCUUCGAGCUUUUGAAAUCUGGUUCUUCCAAGUGACAUACAUUCUCCUCCGAGUCGCUCGGAAGGUCGUCGUACCAAAGGCAGAUCGUUAAGAUGGAUCGGCGCGAAACUUCCCCACACCCCCUAAACGAGAUUCUUCGCAACGAACGUUCGAAGAAAAGUCCCUUUCCAACGAAGGUCAUCAGGACGAGUCAAGAUUCUCGAGGACACAAGAGAGUAGAUCAAGGAUGUACGCGCGGUAAACAUCGGAUAAGGAUUCCAAGGCUCCUGUUUCGUUGAAAUCAAAUCGUCGUCGUUUCAACGAGCCACGAUCCUCCAAGGAAUCAACGAUGCGUACGUACCAGAGGUAACCAGCUCCCAGCCGCUGUCUCGUUGGAGAAUAAAGGUCGUCGCUUCAACGGGUCAGGGCUCCGGAGUGAACUUGAAGAACGUCCCAACAGCGAUCGGGUCAGCUUAACGAUCUGAGCGUCGACGAGGUGUCGCAUUCUAUCGUACCAAAAUCAUUUCGUCGCCGCGGUCGGAUCCGUGAUGGAUCCACAACAAGUGAUAAUAAUUAAACAGAGCCAAGAAACUAGCUGCGCAAAAGAUGGAUCUCAAAGAGAUUCGACGAUACUAUUCACAAGACUCCGAGAACGAAAGCCGUGGAGUCGAAGCCGUAGUCGAAGCCGUGAUCGGCGCGAGAACGCGCCUUGUAAAUACAAUUAACACACGCUUUCCACAGCGUCCGCUGCGUCGUUCGAUCGUACGAGGAGGAACUGACGCGUACACGAAAAACGAACAAUAUCGAUCUGGCCAACAAACAAGAGGAGCAACCAAACAACCGACAUCGAACAGGACAGAGAACUAUUGCCGAACGAAGCGGGCGCUGACGCGAACCACAUACGUACACAACAAGAAUACACUCUAUUUUUUUAUAUGUUCUAAACGCUACUCCUUAACCACGCAUACUUUUUUAUACCUGUAUAAAGGCUUUUUUUGUAGAAAAAAAUAAAAAAAAACGUCGCCACCGU